GCGCUUUCUGAUGGCUCUUCAACUGCUGCCGGCACGGGCAUGGCGGCUGGCGAGGUAGCAGUGGUAACAGAUGUUGCAGUCCAGCAUGGGGUCAAAGUGCUGGAGGCGGCGGCAAAGGGCGGGCCGGCGUCCCUGCUCGCGGCCGCGUCGCACGCGUCCGAGGGACUGAUGAGCGAUGAGGUGCGGCGCCGGAUCGCAGCCGCAAUCAUGCAGCAGCUGGUCGCGGACCCUGACGUCCACAAGCGGCUGG